AUGGUCGAGGAGAUCGAGUCUUUCUUCGAAUUUUCCGGCAGGACGAUCGGUGCCGGUGCCCUUCAAGACGCGUACUACAACGUGGGCAAAUUCGGAGAAUACCUGGAUAAAGUUGAGAGCUCGAAGCCGGGUUACAAUCAUCUCCAUCUAUCGUUGGAAACCUUCACAGAUCCUAACUUCCGUGAUCGUUUGACGAGCGAGGCGCAUCGUCUUGCGAAGUCGGUGCAGGAUAACUUCCUAUUAGCACAGCUUUGGUAUCUGUACAUCGCAACAAACGACUCGGAGAAAGCACUUGAUCUCGAGCGACAGUAUCCAUCUUUGAUGGAGUACCUGGAACGCAAUCGGAUCGCGCCAAAAAUCAAGCGCGCCUUCAACAGGGAGAUUCUUGACCAGGUCUUACGAUUCACCGAUAAUGUAGAAAUUCGUAGGAAGGCGCUCGUCUGCACAGUUUUCGAACUCUUUGAGAGAAAAGAUCUCAAAGCCGCCCAGGAAUGUCUGGACCUCGCGAGAAAAAUCGGUAUCGACACAUCAAGGAUACCCCCGCGGAUAUUGAGUGAGUUGAACGUCGCACCCCCCGCGUCUGAUGACGACGUGACAGAAAGUCGGCGACAAGAAUCCGAGGCGCGAUCGGCGUAG